AUGGCUCUGAGGAGCGUGCUCAGGAUACGACAGGGCCUGCUCUCGAGCCUGCGGAUCCUGGCGAGGCCAGCCGCGGACCUGGCACAGCUGGACGCUCCUGCCUUGGCGAAGCCCGACUGGCAGGCACGCCAAGCGCGCCAGACGAUCUCGGCCCAGGUACCGCUCCCGAGGCUCCAGCACAGCCUGGCAGGGAAGGAAGCGAAUCGUCCAGAAGGCUCCUACCACAUCCAGAUCGUCACGGGCAGCGUGCGUGGCGCAGGCACGCCCACUCCCGCCCUCCUCCAGCUAUUUGGUGAAGAUGGCGAGUCGGAGCCGUACCUGAUUGGCAGUGACGGCUCCACCAUGGGGUUUGAGAGCUCCUCCCGCAAGACCUAUGUGGUGCAGGCCCCCCACCUUGGCCAGCUGAACAGGGUGCUGAUUCGCCAGCUCCCCCUGGAUGCGGCAGAUGAAGAGGCGGGUGCCAGCUCUGGCUGGUUCCUGGAGAGGAUCGUGGUGGUGGGCCCAGAGGGCGACAGCUGGACGUUCCCAUGUGCCGAGUGGCUGGGCCGUGACCACGUGACCCAGGCAAUAGGCUCCCCCGAGCGCGUACUGGUCCCGCUCACGGUGCACCUGUCCUCCAUGAUGGACCCUCGGUACAACCUGAAGAGCCAGAUGUCGGUGGCCGCCUCCGCCUUCUCCAUCCCGCACCCGGAGAAGGUGGCGGAGGGCGUGCGCGGAGUCAACCGCCGCGGCGCGGGGCACGGCGGCGAGGACGCGUACUUCAUCACCCACGCCUCGGAGACGGGAGUGGUGGGCCUGGGCGUGUCAGACGGGGAGCAUUCCUUUGGCUACCCCUUCCAGCUGGGCGCGCAGCCCAGCGCCGACUCGCCCGAGGACGCGAUGCUGACCUCGCUGCCCGUGGGCCCCGGCUGCUCCCUCGUCCUCGGCUCCGAUGGCCUGUUCGACAACCUGGAUGACGAGGCCAUCGUGGCGCUGGUCAACCAUGAGCUGGACGCGGGGGGAACGGUCAGCGCCGUGGCGCGACGGCUGGCCUACGCCGCCUUCGAGGCUUCGCAGGACCGGGCGCGCGACACGCCCUACAGCCGCGGUGCCACCGAGGCCUUCGACAUGAUCUACCGCGGGGGGAAGGCCGACGACAUCACCGCCCUCGUCGCUGUCGUCUCCUGA